AUGUGCAGAGCCGCCUCGGCCAAGGAAGACAUCGACGCAUUUAGUGACGCAUUUAGCGAUACAGAUGAAUGGGAGUAUCUCGAGGAUGGAGACAACAAGCCAUAUGUAUGCAAGCUUGAGAACGUCCUUGCUCACCCCCUGGACGGAGUUUGCGAUGAGCAGUUUUUCGAUAAGGCAGCUCUGAAUCAGCAUAGGAUCAGAAUUCACAACCGUGAAAUCAGAAAGAAGAAACGGGAAAUAAGGAAGAUGAGAGAACAGAAGAAGAAAAAGACUAAGCAUGAGCACGGCCAUUGUCAGGAUAAGGAGGAGAAGCAUGCUCCUCAACGCAAGCAGGAAGUGAGAAAGAGGAAACAGGGAGUAAGGAAAGAGCGAGAACAGAAGAAGAAAAAGACUGAGCAUUUAGCUCUCGUUAUUGUGCAGCACGAGCAUGAAGAAAGAGAAAGAGAAACUCUGGUGAAGGAAGAAAGCCAAGAACAAACUCGCGUGGAUGAAAAUGUGGACAAAGAAAAGCAUGAGCAUGAAGAAAGAGAAAGAGAAACUCUGGUGGAGGAAGAAAGCCAAGAACAGCAAGAACGAACUUGCAUGGAUGAAAAUGAGGACAAAGAAAAGGAUGAGGAGGACGAACAAGACAAUGAAAAAGAGGAGGACGACAAACGAGAUGAUGGGGAUGAUGUUGAAGAGGAUGAAGAUGUGCAAGACACGCUCGAAACAAAAGACAAACAAAACGAGCAGGACAGCAGGACUAAGGUUCCGCACCAGAGCAAUGCUGUGGACUGUGGAGUCUACAUGAUGCACUUCAUGGAGACAUUCAUACAAAAAUCUCCUGACAAUCUUACGAUGGAGUUUGUAGAUAAAAUGCACGAGCAUGAAGAAAGAGAAAGAGAAACUCUAGUGGAGGGAGAGAGCCAAGAACAGCAAGAAAGAACUCGCGUGGAUGAAAAUGCAGACAAAGAAAAGAGAGAUGCCCAGGAAAACGAUGGAAUAAGGAAGGAAACUUCGCCAAAAAAAUUCUUCCGAAGGCGUCAACAAAAAAAUGUCAAGGGGAAUGACGAAGAGCAAGAAGUUGCUACUGCACGUGAGCAAGAGAAAGAUAAGGAUGAAGCUAUGGGUGACAAAGCAGACGACUAA